AUGUCUGCCCAAUCCUUUCGUUUCCUCACUGCAGCUCAAAUACUUCGACUCUACGAAACAAAUAUCAUUCGCGCUAGACCUACCCAAAUGACUUACCUCGAGUCUGCUGUUUUCUCGCCCCAGCAACACAAGAACUAUGGUCAGGAGGAUCCUUUUGAGCUAGCAAGCAUUCUCGCCUAG